CACCAUUCGUAACACAAACUCAAAGCAUAGAGCAGAAACAGAGGAGCCCGAGAAGAUCAGAAAUUCUAAUGAUGGCGUCCUAUUUUCCCAUUCAGAAUCCGUGCUUUAAGUCUUUUGGUUUCUUUGACUUCCGCUUCAACAACGUUUCUUCUCGUUCGUGCAACAGUCUCCUAAUGCCCAGGUAUUCAUGGAGGCGCUUUGAAAGUAAAUAUGAUGGAUGGUGUGAGACUUUCUUCUUUAUGGGUGGUAUGACCAAUAAGAGCAAUUGUUGCUGCACUGCAAGAUUGCCUAUUGAUGGAGAAGAUAGCAAUCUUGCAAGGAAAUCCGCGUUAUUCUAUAGACCUAGGGAAAAUGAAAUGGAUUUCUCUUUUGAAGGUUUAGACAUCAGACUUGAUAACUGUCUUAAAUUGGUGUCGAUGUCUGGGAUUGUGACUCUCCUUGGUACGCAAGAAGCAAUUGCUGCUUCUGAUAUUGCUAUGAAAUUACCAGUAACAUCCAUCUUUGGAGAUCUUGGAGAUAUAAGCACAGGUUUUGCUUCAGCAUUCUUGUUGAUAUUCUUCUCAGAGCUCGGUGACAAAACCUUCUUUAUUGCAGCUCUUCUGGCUGCUCGAAACUCUCCCGUAGUCACAUUUUUGGGGACAUUUGGUGCACUAACGGUAAUGACGAUCAUUUCUGCGGUCAUUGGGCGUACAUUUCACUAUGUGGAUGGUAUCCUUCCAUUCAGGCUUGGUGGCACUGAAUUGCCUAUUGAUGAUAUUGCUGCAGUUAUCCUUCUGCUGUAUUUUGGUGUUUCGACCUUGCUUGAUGCCUCUCGGAAUGGAGUGAAAGCUGAAGAACAGGAGGCAGAGCUGGCAGUUUCAGAGCUGUCGGGAAAUGGUGCAGAAAUAUCUGCUGCUGCUACUAGCGCUGUUAUUAGCACAUUUGUUUUAGUUUUUGUUGCUGAAUGGGGUGACAAAUCAUUUUUCUCUACAAUAGCUCUAGCUGCAGCCUCUUCACCUCUUGGAGUAAUUGCCGGUUCCCUUGCUGGCCAUGGAGUGGCAACGCUGCUUGCUGUUCUAGGCGGUUCCUUACUGGGGACAUUCUUAUCUGAGAAGGUCAUUGCGUACAUUGGUGGCACUCUGUUCCUAUUAUUUGCUGUGGUAACCUUGGUAGAGAUUGUGAAGUGAAUACAGGUCUGCUCCGAAUUUUUAAAAAAGUCAAACUGCUUACGUAGGCUGCUAUAGAGCUGACAGAAGUGUAACAGAACCGAGGCCUUCCAUGUGAUUAAAUGUUUCUUAUCAGCAGAGUUUGAUAAGUCUCCAAACUUUUAUAGGGUUGCUCAAAACUCUGAGAUAAUGAUUUUUUUCAUAUUAUUUAUGAGUAAUGACUACACAUCCUUAUAUAUAUGUGUGUGAAAUAAUGAUAAAUAUUCAAUUGAAAAAGUAAUUGAGGCACUAUGACUUUCAAGACAGUGCGAGUUUGGAAUGACUAUCUGUAUUGAUGUACAAUUUUGCAC